AUGUAUUUUGAUGGAGCCGCCAACAUGCAUGGAAAUGGGGUAGGAGCGAUAAUCGUUUCACCAGAAGGAAAACAAUUUCCAGUGGCUAUCAAAUUGGAAUUUGAUUAUACUAACAAUAUAGCAGAAUAUAAAGCUUGUGUUAAUGUUCUUCGAGCAGCUAUUACCCUUGGUAUACGAUGUUUGAAGGUAUUUGGUGAUUCAGUACGCAUUAUUCAUCAAGUAAUAGGAGAAUGGAGGACAAAAGAUGCAAAAUUGAUUCCCUAUCAAGAACUCUUAACAAAUUUGAUUAAGCAAUUUGAGGUUGUUAGCUUUCACCACUUGACUCGAGAUAAAAAUUGUUUCACUGAUGCUUUAGCCACUUUAGCAGCAAUAAUCCAACUUGAUUAUGGAGUCCAUGUCCAACCCAUUCAAGUAGAAGCUAGAAGCUUUCCAGCAUAUUGUCUGAAUGUUAAAGAAGAUCAAGAAGAAUAUCCUUGGUUCCAGGAUAUUAAGGACUAUAUCACUAAGAGAUCAUACCCAACCGGAAUGACAGAGAAUGAAAAGAAAACCCUUCGUUGUUUAGCUAUGACAUUCUUUGUAAAGAUGUUCUAUACAAGAGGGGUUAUGAUGGUACCUUACUUCGCUGUGUGUGGCUACUUUUGGCUAACAAUAGAGAAAGAUUGCUUUGAGCAUAUCAAGAAAUGCCACAAAUGUCAGAUCUAUGCUAAUAGGAUAAAUGCUCCUCCAAUCCCAUUACAUAAUUUGGUAUCACCCUGGCCAUUCUCAAUGUGGGGUAUUGACAUUAUUGAUCCAAUUAACCUAAAAGCUUUGAAUGGACAUCGCUUCAUUCUUGUCGCGAUUGAUUAUUUCACAAAAUGGGUAGAAGCAAAUUCAUUUGCUAGCAUCACACAAAAGACGUUCCUUAAAUUCAUGAAGACAAAUAUUUUAUGCCGAUAUGGGAUUCCUAAAAGGAUCAUUACUGAUAAUGGUCCCAAUCUCAAUGGAACGGAAGUCAAAAACUUUUACGAGAAGUUCCAAAUCAAGAAUCAUAAUUCAGCCCCAUAUAGACCUCAAAUGAAUGGAGCUGUUGAAGCAACCAAUAAAAAUAUUAAGAAGAUCAUUGGAAAAAUGACAGUAACUUAUAAGGAUGGGCACGAGAUGCUUCCCUAUGCUUUACAUGGUUAUCGUACUACUGCACGCACAUCCAUAGGGGUAACCCCAGACUCCCUUGUUUAUGGAAUGGAAACUGUUACACCCAUUGAGAUGGAAAUACCAUCCUAA